UGAUAAAGAAACAAAGUGCAUCGUGUUAUUUAUAAUUGUAUAUAUUUCUUUUCGCAAUACAUACGUAAGAAUUGUUGCACUUGAUUUCUUUUUUCUUUAUUCUCUUGAAUCUGAAACAUAAGUCCGUCUCGCCCUAAAUGCAAACAGUGCAGAAAGUCCAGUCGUACGAACGAACCUGAUGUAAUCUUUCGCGCAAGCGGAAACGCGAUUGGUCACAACGACGCCCUACGCCUCGUCGUCGUCGUCGUCAGUCGUCGCUUCGCUCGUCAGUCGAGUUCAGACCGUCAUUUGGUGUGUGUUGUUCGUCGUUCGGUUGAGCUUACGUACGCAAGCGUACGGAAUUUGUCACUUAAAAAACCCAAGCGUUCACGCGUAGCAUGUCUUGACGAGUAGGAGGAACGCUUCGACAGGGUUUUUGGCAGAUUCUCUAAAAUAUGGCGGGCGGUCAACAGCUUCCGGAGCAAUACACAGUACCACAGUACGCGAGGAUCUUCCACAGUCUGCCUCAUAUCAACGUCUCUAUACACUACGUUAAUAAUACCUUUAAUCCUCACUCUGAAAUCUAUUUGGAGAGUCUCGGAAUACUAGGAAGCAUCCCUGCAGUUUGGUUGAUCUUAACGUUGGUGGUAUUGUUAGUUUAUCUGGUAACAAGAUGCUGCGAUCGGAGGCCGCGCCCCAAGAAGUCGAUAACCGCGUUAAAGUGUUCACUAGCCAUCCUGGCAUUGCUCUGUAGUGGAGCGGUUGCUGUUGGUCUUUACGGCAACGACGAUGUGCACAACGGCUUGAUACAACUCGUAGCAGCAGCAAAAAACGUCGAUGGAAUACUCAUGGCCGUUAGAAAUCAGACUGAUACUAUAGAAGCGACACUAAAGAAAAAAGUACAGCCACAGCUGACUGCUCUCGGAGACGAAUUUGAUGCUCCGGUCAGCAAUAAAACUAUGCUAAGCGUACUGUUAGUAGCGCUAAACGGUAUGAAGCAAAACACGAGCAUAGCCCUAAAUCGGAGUUUCGAGAUCCGAAAGCCUCUGAGCGGGAUCAGUCUCACUGGUGCCAUCGGCAUGGGCGAAAAGAUCGAACAGUGGCGAUGGCCUAUCACUAUGGCGAUUUUGAGCGCUUUGCUUGUUCUUUGUGUUGUUCUACUGGUCGGUGUUGCACGACACUCCAGAUGUGUUCUGAUAACAUUUUCCGUUUUCGGCUUGUUUGCGGUAAUCGUCUCAUGGCUCAUGGCGUCUUUAUAUUUGGCCACUUCUGUAGCUCUAGGUGAUCUUUGUAUGUCGCCGGACGGUUAUCUAAGCAGAGCUGUACCGUCGACUUUAGCGUCUGAGGUGCUUUCAUAUUACACACAUUGUGAGAACACUCGUAGCAACCCGUUCACGCAGAGAUUGCGAGAUGGACAACGUGCAGUGACCAACAUGAGACAAAAUUUGAACACCGUCACUCGAUUAGCCAUCGAUCUAUUCAAAGAUCAGCAAUUACAACCAAAACUUAGCAGUUUAUCCACGGAUGUAAACACUAUAGACAGACUUGUGGCUGGUUUAACUACAUUGCUCGACUGUAAGCCUCUGCACAAGCAGUAUGUUCACGCCGCUAAGAGUUUGUGUCAUUUGGGACUAUAUGGACUAACUUUCAUGCUACUAGCUAGCUUAGCUGCAGGUCUCUUAUUUACCGUGCUGGUUUGGGUGGAUUCUCAUACGUGGAUAUAUAUACGAAAACGAAGAGAUUACCAUCAAGUUGACGAGCAAGAUCCUUACUUACCACCAUCGGCGGCCUCGCAGGCUAUAGCAGCGCGGACCCUUCGAGGCCAAGGGUCGUACCCGCCUACAGCCCCUACGCUUAAUUCUAUUGGCACUCAUAAUACGAUUAAGCAGCCUCUCUUGCUAACGCCGCCCCCACCGUCCUACGCUACUGCGACUGCUCGAGCACGUCAACUGCACGAGAGCAUGUUAAAAGGUGGGGGUGUUAACGGAAGCGGAGGAGGCGGGGAUCACAAAUCGUCUCAGCAUAAUCAGCAAUCAACGGGUGGACGAGCUGAGCACCGUUCUGGACUCGGAGAUCAACCUGGCCAGUACGCGACUCUGAGCAAACAGUGCAAAACUUUAGAAUCGAGUAGAGAACCACCUUGGACGCCUAGCGUGGCGUCUUUCACCGGUACCCUGUCUCACAAUUCGCAUGGACCUGCGCAUCUUGCUACUUUUCAAGAUUCUCGCAAGACACAAACGCUGGAUCCGAAGAAUUUGGCAAAUCUGAAGAGAGGUCCAACUCCGGCUUGGAAUCAAAAUCGACCGCUUCCGCCGAAUCCCACAAAUCAACAGCCUACGUGGGAAUUUGAGUCGCGCUCUCAGACGAACAUGAAUCAAUUCAGAUCAUUGGUACGGAACAAGGCGCCCAACAUUCGCAUUCAGGAUCAGAUGCAGGAUCAGGUCAGGACUUUAGACAGAAAUUUCUCGCGCAAUCAAUUUAAUGGUACCGCUGGCACGCAGAACAAUACUGUGCCGAACAUGUACGGUACGUAUAAUCGGGCGCAGGGAAGGCAGGAGAAACCGACGGUAGCAACGCUGAGUCAGGUACAAGGUAGCGAUCCUAAUCUAUAUGCUGUAACGGAACUCUAAUCGUGAAAACAGAAGAGGCGAAAAACGCGGAUAAUGAACAUCGUAUAAUAGAAGCGUAUCAUCGCUUUAUCGAAGGAGUUUCGUCUUUCAACGAAGCUAGAGUUUUGCGAUUCGGAAUUCCUAAGAAAAAACAAAAGAUGACAAACUACUUUUCGGGAUCUGCGAUAAAAGUGAGAGAAUUAAGGGGGCAAAAAAUAUAAAAAAAACUUAUAAAAACUUGUGUGUGAAACACAUACUUUGUAUCCGAAAUUUUGUAAUUGUAUAUCAUGUACAGUGAUUGUGGUACAUCCUUCAACGUUAUUCUCUCUCUUCGUUACCGUGUUCUUGAUCGCGUGCGAAGUACUCAGGCUGGAAAAUACGUACUUAAAGCAGCAACGUACGUACGUGUUGCCCGGAAGCACAAAAAGAAGAAACCUUUUACACAAAAAGUUUUACAUCGACAUUAUUUAUAAAAGUUACUACCUGCUUAUUUACUCUGAUUUAAUCGAAAUAAGCUGUUAAUUUCGCGUAUAAUGCUUAACUAAGAAGCUAAAUAUCGCGAAAACUGAAG